AUGGCUAGCAGUACCACUGAGGCCGCUGCUACGGCAGGCGUGACAAUCAAGGACAACAACGAUGCUCUUGUGCCUGACGAGGUUUUUCAUGCGUACUUAGAGACGACAUCUGCCCAGGUCAUUGGCGUGGAUCUUUCUAUUGUCCAGGCAGGCUUCUUGCCGCCGAACGUUACUUUCGAAGUUGACGACAUCCAGGAGCCUUGGACCUUCUCGGACGGGUUCGACUACAUUCAUAGCCGAAUGAUGACUGGGAGCAUUAGUGAUUGGGACAAGUAUCUCCAGAAGUGUUACGACAACCUCAACCCUGGGGGCUAUCUGGAGCUCAACGACAUCGAUGCCGUACCUCUCUCCGACGACGGAACCCUCACAGAGGACACAAACCUCAUGAAAAGCUUCCGCCUAUGGCACAAGGGCCUCGCCGGCCUAGGAAGACAUUUCCAGGAGUUUAGCCGUUUCAAGGACGCCUCGGCAAAGGUCGGAUUCGAAGACGUCCACAUCAAAAGGUACAAGUGGCCGACCAACGGAUGGCCCAAAGACAAGAAGCACAAGGAACUUGGUAUCUGGAACCUCAUUGCCCCGCAUUGGGACGGCUUCAUCAUGGCCCCCUUGACUCGAGCUCUGGGCUGGACGAAGGAAGAUGUGCUCGCCCUCGGCAAGGAUGCUCGUCGCGACUUUGCCGACAGACGCAUCCAUACUUACUUCAACAUCUGGUCAAUCUACGGGAGGAAGCCCUCGGCUUAA